GGAGAUAGAUGUUACAAUUGCAUCCUACGAUCAGACCCACAUCAAGCAGAAAAGAACUGAAGCAGUCCUGCAGAGAGUCAAAGAUCAGCACAAAACCAGCAUGAAAAACAAGUUUGGCUGCUUAUUUGAGGGAAACAAACUACAAGAGAAUGAAACCCUCUUGAACAGGAUCUACACACAGCUCUACAUCAUAGAAGGAGAGAGAGAAGGAGUGAAUGAAGAACAUGAGGUUUUACAGAUGGAGAAAUCAUCCAGAACACAACACUCACAACAAAAUCCAGUAAACUGUAAUGACAUCUUCAAAGCCUUAUCUAAACCAGGUUAUGAGGAGAAAGACAAAAUCAAGACUGUUCUUACUAAAGGCAUUGCUGGAAUUGGAAAAACUGUCUCUGUGCAGAAGUUCAUUCUAGACUGGGCAGAGGGAGAAGCCAAUCAGGAUGUAGAUUUCAUGUUUGUGUUUCCAUUUCGAGAGCUGAACUUGAUUCAAGAUCGUCAGUACAAUCUUCACAGACUUCUGCUGGACUUCCAUCCUGAGCUUCAAGAUCUGGACUCAAAGAUUUAUGAGGAGUGUAAAGUUGUGUUUAUUCUAGAUGGUCUGGAUGAAAGCAGAAUGUCACUGUUUUCAGACGAUGAGAAAGUUUGUGAUGUGAAUGAGUCUUCAUCAGUGGCUGUGUUGAUGUCAAACCUCAUCAGAGGAAAUCUGCUUGCCUCUGCUCUCAUCUGGAUCACCUCUAAACCAGCAGCAUCCAAUCAGAUCCCCUCCAAAUACAUCAACCGUGUGACAGAAAUUCAAGGUUUCAAUGACCCUCAGAAAGAGGAAUAUUUUAGGAAGAGAAUCAGUGAUAAGCACCAAGCCAGCAGAAUAAUCACACACCUCAAAAGAGCAAGAAGCCUCCACAUCAUGUGCCACAUCCCCGUCUUCUGCUGGAUCUCAUUCACUGUGAUUGAGAAGCUCCUGAAAGAAGAUCUGAGUGCAGAAAUACCUCAAACUCUGACUGAAAUGUACAUCCACUUCCUGCUGACUCAACUGAGCAAGUAUGGAGAGAGAGAUCCACAGAAACUCCUAAAGACCAAAAGAGAAGUGAUUGUGAGACUUGCUGAAGUGGCUUUCAAGCAGCUGAUGAAGGGCAAUGUGAUGUUCUAUGAGGAGGACCUGAGAGAGAGCGACUUAGACAUCACUGAUGCGUAUUCUGGGAUUUGUACUGAGAUCUUUAAGGAAGAAUCUGUGAUUCAUCAGAGAAAAGUCUACUGCUUCAUUCAUCUGAGUGUUCAGGAGUUUCUCGCUGCUUUCUAUGUGUUUUACUGCUAUUUAAGAAGCACCAUGGAAGCCCUUAAGACAUUUGAUUCAAUGCACAAUUUGCAUAAAGGUGCAAUAGAUAAAGCCUUAGAAAGUAAAAAUGGGCAUCUGGAUCUGUUCCUGCGGUUCCUGCUUGGCAUCUCACUGGAGUCCAAUCAGAGACUCUUACAGGAUCUACUGACAAACACAGAGAACAGCUCAGAGAGCAUCAGGAGAACCACACAGUAUAUUAAAGAAAAUAUCAAAGAUGGACAUGCACUGUUCAUUGAAAGAUCUAUCAAUCUGUUCCUCAGUCUGCUGGAAGUCAAAGAUCAGACUCUGUCCAGAGAGAUUCAGGAGUUUGUGAAAUCAGAGAAACACACAAAAAAUCUCUCUCCAUCUCACUGCUCAGCAAUCGCCUACAUGCUUCAGAUAUCAGAGGAGGUGCUAGAUGAGCUGGAUCUCAAGAAAUACAACACAUCAGAUGAGGGCAGAAGAAGACUGAUACCAGCUGUGAUCAACUGCAGAAAAGCUCUUCUUGCUGGCUGUAAUCUCACUGGUCAAUCCUAUGAAAUUGUGUCAUCAGCUUUACAAUCCUCAAACCCUGUCCUGAGAGAGCUGGACCUGAGUAACAAUGACCUGCAGGAUUCAGGAGUGAAGCUACUCUCUAAUGGACUGAAGAGUCCAAAAUGUCAGUUGAAGAUAUUAAGGUUGUCUGGCUGUAUGGUGACAGAGGAAGGCUGUCAUUAUCUGUCUUCAGCUCUGAGUUCAAACCCCUCACACCUGAGAGAGCUGGAUCUGAGCUACAAUCACCCAGGACAAGCAGGAGUCCAGCUGCUUUCUGACAAACUGAAGGAUCCAAACUGCUCACUAAAAAUACUCAAUUUGGACCAUGGAGGGCCUUUCAGGAUCCGACCAGGUCUACAGAAAUAUUUCUGUGAUCUCACACUGGAUCCAAACACAGCAAACACUCAACUCAUUCUGUCUGAGAACGGAGAGGUGAAAUAUGUGGAACAGCCGCAGUCGUAUCCUGAUCAUCCAGAGAGAUUUAAAGAUAUUCCUCAGGUUCUGUGUCGAGAGAGUCUGACUGGACGUCAUUACUGGGAGGUUGAGUGGACUGGCUGGGCUCGUAUAGCAGUGGCCUACAAAACAAUCAGCAGAGAAGGGACUGUAGGUAAGUUAGGAUACAAUAACAAGUCCUGGUGUCUCUUCUGCAUUAGUGAUGGAUUUGUUUUCUGGCACAACAAUCAGAACAAAAACAUUCCUGCUCCUUCACCCAUUUCUAAAAGAGUAGGAGUGUAUCUGGACUGGCCGGCCGGCAUUCUGUCCUUCUACAGUGUCUCUGACACACACACACUCACACACUUACACACAUUCAGCACCACAUUCACUGAACCCGUCUAUGCUGGAUUUAAGGUUUUUGAUUCCUCACUCUCACUGUGUAAGAUUACACAACAGACAAACUACUGACUUCUACUUCUACUUAUUUCCUAAUCAUGGUCACAUGUCCCUUUAUGAAAAUAUUUGUUGUAUGAGGUAUAUAAUUUAUUAAUUUAACUGAAAUAGUAAAUGCAUGUUGAAAAAUGUUGUUAAACACGUGUAAAAUUACUAUGUACUGUAUAUUCAGUCCCACUUUAUAUUAGAUGACUUUAAUUACUACAUGUGAGAAAAAAAAAACAUAUUAUGUUGAUGUUGCAUUGCAAAACACAGUUUCUGCUAUUGAUGUGGGAUACGGGUGAGGUUAAUGACAGGUUUUGUGGUAUGGUUAAAUUUGAAUUAUAGACGUAACUACAGAAAUUAGAAACAGAAGUAAUAUUUAUGAUUAAUAAGAGAGCAUAUUUAAGAGAGCAAAUACACAUUUGUGUUGUACAUCAUUCAAGUUAUUUCUUUAUCUCUUCCACCUUACUAC